UUAAAGAGCAUAAUUUUCCUGCUAGUUCUCUUUAUUUUCCUCUCUUUCUUUCACCAGCAAGGACAGUGGGCACAUCAGGCAUUGGAUCAUAUCUAUAUUUCUGACCUUCAAAUUAAAAAGAAACAUGUUGACUGCAUGCUUGAAAAGAAAUAGGAGAAAAGAAGCGACAGCUGAGACAGCAUUGAUGCAAAAUGUUGAAAAGAAUGGUGCAAUGUUACUCAAAGAGGUGAUUGCUUCUUCUUAUGGAAAAUGUUGUCCUAUCCGGUGCUUCUCUGUCGAAGAGCUGAAAAACGCAAUAAACAUCCAUGAUAUAGAUGAUGACUUUAAUACACUAUACAAGGCCUCUCUUCAGGGUAGACCAAUUUGCAUUAAGAAAUAUUCACCAGCUACGAAUAUUAGUUCAGUUAUUAAAGAGAUUGUGAUUGCAUCCUGGAUGAGCAAUCAUAAGAAUGUUCUGAAGCUCUUAGGAUGCUGUUUGGAGACCGAAAUCCCCAUUCUAGUGUUCGAUUUUGCAGAAAUUAUGGGAACUUUGGGCCGUAGUCUUUAUGGUUCCUGCGAACCAGAGUGGCAGCCUCUACCAUGGAAAUGCAGGUUAAGGGUUGCAGUGGACGUAGCAAAUGCAGUUGCAUACCUACACACUGCCCUUCCCACACCCAUCAUCCACAGGGACAUUAAGCCUGAGAACAUUUUUCUGGAUCAAAGUAAUUUUGCCAAAUUGUCUGAUUUCUCUUUUUGCAUAUCCAUUCCUGAAGGCAAAACACAAGUGAAAGUUGAUGUUGUCCCUGGAACGUUUGGAUUCAUGGCACCAGAGCACAUUACGACCUGUUGUUUGACCGAGAAAGCUGAUGUUUAUUCGUUUGGUAUGCUUCUGCUGGUGCUUUUGACGGGACAAAGGUACUUCUGGCACAAAUUUGAAUGUGGUAUAGAUGAUCUUGAUGAAGUAUCCAACCCCGCAAAGGCUUUUGUUGAGAACAACAGGUUGAGUGAGAUUGUGGAUCCUGUAGUAUUGAAAGAGGCAGCUGGAAGGCCUGGGAUGGAGCAGCAGUUGCAGGAUUUUGCAACAGUUGCCCUGAGGUGCAUCAAUUUAACAGUAGAAGAUAGGCCAACAAUGAUUGAUGCAGCAAAACAACUCUUGCAGAUUGAACAGUCUACUCUAGCCCAGUAAAUUGCUUCACUUGGCUCCAUCCAAGUUUGUAACUUUUGAUAACUUUGGUAUUGGACAUUUGGAUUUAUUUUAGUUUAUUUACUUAUCUUUUACUUCAAUUCAGAAAAUAUAGUAUUCGUAAUCUUAAGUGGGUUUGGACUGC